AUGGGAAGAGUGUUCGCGAUAGAACUCGAGGGACCCGUCUACACAUGCCUAGAGUGCAACACACAUCUCGGAGUCCCCAGUGAUAUCAUCUCUAAAGAGGUCGAGGUUUUCACAUAUGUGUUCAGUAGACUCUUCAAUACAUUUCUGGUUGAAAAAACGUCCAAUCCUGCUUUGCAAGAUAUCUUUUGUGUCGGUUGUUUCAAUGACGUCGGCACUUAUGGCGUAAGUGGUCCAAAUAGUUGCCGGGUUUUUAGGAACCUAGUCCAUGGACCAGAAGGAAGCGAUGAUGAGGUUUAGGAGUUGGUAUGUGUUCAACAAAAGAAGAAGAAGACAAUUUGAAGUUGAAUUUCAUAUUACAAUUUGUAUACUGUGUGAAUAGUCAAGAACAAAUCACAUUUUCUUCCUUAU